CACUUCUACUGCAAUCUAACAGAGCCACCUGCCUCACCAUGUUUAUUUCUCUGGUUCUCUUAUGCCUCUGCAUUUUAUUUUUCUUAUUCCAGCUCAAAUCUGGGAGGCCCAAGAAUUUUCCACCAGGACCCUCCACCUUACCUCUGCUGGGGAACCUUUUAAACUUUAGCAAGGAGAAACCGCUCGAGGACUUUGAAAGGCUCAGAAAGUCAUAUGGAAACGUUUACAGCCUGUUCAUUGGUCCCAGACCAGUUGUGGUCAUCAACGGGCUGAAGGCCAUGAAAGAAGCGAUGGUGAUCAAGGCUACUGAUUUUGCUGGAAGACCUCAAGAUAUGUUUGUGAAUGACAUCACCCAGAACAAAGGAGUGAUUCUGGCAGAUUAUGGCCUCAGAUGGAAAGAGCAUCGACGCUUUGCUCUGAUCACCCUGAGAAACUUUGGUCUAGGAAAGAAGUCAAUGGAAGACAGAAUUAAUGAUGAGAUUCAAUAUACAAUCAAAACACUGGAACAAAGCACAGGUGGCACUCUGAGUCCGCAGGUUAUGUUCCAUAAUGCAGCCUCCAACAUCAUCUGCCAGGUUCUGUUUGGUGCACGCUUUGAAUACAAUGACGAUUUGAUCAAAGUUAUUGUUCAGUGCUUCACCGAGAAUGCAAAGAUGACUAAUGGACCUUGGGCAAUGGUGUACGACUCUCUUCCCAUAACUCACAGCUUGCCACUGCCAUUUAGAAAUGCUUUUAAAAAUUAUGAGACUUGUCAGAAUAUUGCAAUGGAGUUGGUGAAUGAGCACAAGAAGACCAGAGUUCCUGGACAGCCCCGAGACUUUCUAGACUGCUAUCUGGAUAAACUGGAAAAGAGGGGCAAUGAUGGUUCUUCAUUUUCAGAGGAACUGCUUACACACUACAUUCUAGAUCUUCACUUCGCUGGGACAGACACCACCUCCAACACUCUGCUCACAGGUUUUCUUUACCUGAUGAACUACCCACACAUACAAGAACGAUGUCAGCAGGAGAUCGACCAGGUGCUGCAGGGGAACGAUCGGGUCAGCUUUGAGGACAGACACAGCAUGCCUUAUGUGCAGGCUGUGAUCCAUGAAAUUCAGAGAAUUGCCAACACUGUUCCUCUUAGCGUCUUCCACUGUACAACUAAAGACACAGAGCUCCUGGGGUACUCCAUUCCCAAGGGUACAAUUAUUAUCCAGAACCUGACCUCAGUGCUCAGGGAAGAGGGACAGUGGAAAUUUCCUCAUGAGUUCAACCCUGAAAACUUCUUGGAUGAACAAGGAAAGUUUGUAAAACCAGACGCCUUCAUGCCUUUCUCUGCAGGCCCUCGGAUGUGUCUCGGAGAGGGUCUGGCUCGAAUGGAGCUCUUCCUUUUCACUGUGACUCUGCUGAAGAAGUUCAAGUUCACCUGGCCAGAGGAUACAGGAGAACCGGACUUUACUCCAGUCUAUGGAGUCACUCUCACUCCUAAACCUUAUUACAUGAAGGUCCAUUUGAGAUCUAUAGCCUGAGGACAGCAAAAACACACUGCAUAAGGAGCAAUAGCUCAAAUUUACAACUGAAAACCAAUUAAUUACAACUAAACAAUGCUUCAGAAUCAAGUUUAAUAAGGAAGCUAUAUACACUCAGUAAACUGUGCGUUAAUGUAACGCAGAAGCUUGUAAGUC